AUGAUUCUCCGAGUGAUUGUGGCUCUUAUUUUUGUGCAAAUUUCUUCUGGAAAGCUUAUACGACGAGGAUUGGAUACAAGAGCCGCAACUGAGGCUCGACUCGGAGACAAGGGACAAGUUGAUUUGAUCAACGAAGAUGAACCAACACAUGACUCUGUCGACAACGCCUCGGGCACCGAUGCGAAUGCCGGGGGAAGUUUGGCCGGAAAUCUCGCUGUUCCAACAACAUUAAAGGUGAACAGUCCACAAGCUGGCGCCGAGAAUGGAGUCUUUCACUUCAACAGUCGAGGACCUGGGAAAUACAUUGCUUUCGCUUUCCAGCAGGUAGCUCCUGUUCAACAGGCGCCAAUUGUUGGGAUCCCGUUGAGCACCAUUCAGCACUACUACAAUCCACAUAUGGGUGCAUCGAUCAGUGAAGGGUCAACUCCCGAACCGAUUCCAACCUUUGAAGCCACUGCUUAUUAUCCACUCGUCUGGCGCUUCCCAUUCUCGAACAUUCAACUCCCAGCCUACACAACGACAGGCCACUACGCCUACACGGCAAACGCUGUGAAGUACUAUGGAACGUUGCCUUCACAAACUGCCGAGAAAGUGCAAGAAGUGAACGAGGCGGCUUCGAGAGGAAGACUU